UCGACUUUCGAGUUCGAAUCAGUCGAAACGUCGUCAUUGUGAAGCAUUGGUGGUCAUUGCAACACGUUGGUUCUUUGGCAAGUUAUUGCGUCAUUAUAUUUUAACGUGAUUGCCAAAAUUACCGUAGAAUAUCGAUCAAUAAAUACUCAGCACGUGAACUCUUUUAGGAUAAAAAGAUUUUAAAAAUACGAGUAUUGCCUUGAGUUGUAGUUCCAAGUUAUUUGGAUUGCGACAUAUCUCGCUGUGCCAGUGCAAGAGUGUGUGUCAGAGGUAGAUGGCUCCCAAAAAUAAAGAAAAUUCCAAUAAAAAAAAGAAGCAUUUAUCCGAGGAUGAUGAUGAUGAAGACUACAGGAAACGCAGAGACAGAAAUAACCAGGCAGUCAAAAAGUCCAGAGUGAAAAGCAAGAUAAGAACACAACAAACAUUGGAUCGAGUUAAUCAGCUGAAGAAUGAAAAUGAGGUUUUGGAAGAAAAAAUCAAAAUGCUGAGCAAAGAAUUGGGAUUUCUGAAAGAUCUUUUUUUGGCGCACGCUGGUUCAAACCAACAUUCCAUGAACAUGCAAGAUAUAGAUCUGAAUGCUCUUCUUUCAGACGAAACAAGCAAAUCAGAUCCUCUUUUUAAAUCUUAAUCAACAUAAAUAUUAACAUUCCACAAGAAGGAAUGAAGGAUAUAAAUCGAGAAACUGUACAUUUUAUUUAUUAAAAUGUUAAGUGGCUAUCUCGGAAAGAUGCCAUUCUGUAUGCAGCUCUAUGAUUUACUCAAAGAAAUCAACUUUGCUGUAACAACAGAAAAGAGAAAUUUUAUUUGACGCUCAUCUUUAUGUCAAUGCAAAUAGUAUUUCUCAACUGUUGAAAAAAAAAUGAUCAGUUUGAUGAACUAUGCAUACGUCACAAGUCAUAUUAAGUUAAAAUGCAUCUAAAAGAGAAAUAUUGAUUCGAUUUGUUCAACGUAAUUCAGUUUUUAUAGGUUUUUAGUUGAAAAUUAAGAUGCAUCAUUAGAAUAAAAUAAAUUUUUUUUAUUUAAAAUUAAUAGUAUAUUAUGUAACAAGUGCAAAAAUCACCGAAGAUUGCAACCUGCACAAAUUCAUGAUUUCGCUAUUAUGCUAAGAUUAAGCGCACUUGGUGUAAAAGAUGCCUUAAAAUGAUUUUUUUUUUUUUACUUAUGUAGAUGUUAUUAUCAUUUAUAUUUCAUGAAAUUUAAAUGACGGAAAAAAAACAAUUUUUUUUAGACUAUUUAAUCGUUGAUACUGUUGUUAAAACAGAAACAUGUUAGAACGUAAGUGUAUUUAAAAAAAAUUAUAACUUUAUUCAUCAUGUAUUUUUAAAAUAUAUGAUUUU